CUCGUCAGUCGCGCUCUCUGCCUCGCUAGUGCGCAGGCGCGGGCUCUUGGCGCAAGAUGGCGGCGGCGGAUAAACAGAAACAUGAGCACGGGCGGGUGAAGAUCGGGCACUACAUCUUGGGGGACACGCUGGGCGUGGGCACCUUCGGCAAAGUCAAGGUUGGCAAGCAUGAGCUGACUGGGCACAAAGUAGCGGUUAAGAUCUUGAACAGACAGAAGAUUCGCAGUCUUGACGUCGUGGGUAAAAUCCGCAGAGAAAUUCAGAAUCUGAAGCUUUUUCGGCAUCCACACAUAAUUAAGCUGUACCAGGUUAUCAGCACACCCUCUGACAUUUUCAUGGUUAUGGAAUAUGUUUCAGGAGGUGAAUUGUUUGAUUACAUCUGUAAAAAUGGAAGGCUUGACGAAAAGGAGAGUAGACGCCUCUUCCAGCAAAUCCUUUCAGGUGUGGAUUAUUGCCAUAGGCACAUGGUAGUUCACAGAGACUUGAAACCUGAAAAUGUACUACUCGAUGCACACAUGAAUGCCAAGAUUGCUGAUUUUGGCCUUUCAAAUAUGAUGUCAGAUGGAGAAUUUUUGAGAACAAGCUGUGGCUCUCCUAAUUAUGCUGCUCCAGAAGUAAUUUCCGGAAGAUUAUAUGCAGGCCCAGAAGUGGAUAUCUGGAGCAGUGGAGUUAUUCUUUAUGCUCUGUUAUGUGGGACCCUUCCGUUUGACGAUGAUCAUGUGCCAACACUUUUUAAGAAAAUAUGUGAUGGUAUAUUUUAUACUCCUCAGUACCUGAAUCCAGCAGUAAUUAGCCUUUUGAAACACAUGCUGCAGGUGGAUCCUAUGAAGAGAGCUACAAUAAGAGAUAUAAGGGAACAUGACUGGUUCAAGCUCGACCUCCCCAAGUACCUCUUUCCUGAAGACCCAUCGUACAGUUCAACCAUGAUUGAUGAUGAAGCCUUAAAAGAGGUCUGUGAGAAGUUUGAAUGCACAGAGGAGGAAGUACUUGGCUGCUUGUAUAAUCGAAAUCAUCAGGAUCCUUUAGCCGUUGCCUACCACUUGAUUAUAGAUAACAGGAGAAUAAUGAAUGAAGCUAAAGACUUUUACUUGGCAACAAGCCCACCAGAUUCCUUUCUUGACGAUCACUUCUCCCGCCCCCACCCCGAAAGAGUGCCAUUUUUAGUUGCUGAAUUACCAAGGCAGCGGCAUACGCUUGAUGAGCUAAACCCACAGAAGUCCAAACACCAAGGAGUCAGAAGAGCAAAGUGGCAUUUGGGAAUUCGGAGUCAGAGUCGACCAAAUGACAUAAUGGCAGAAGUUUGUCGAGCAAUCAAACAGUUGGAUUAUGAAUGGAAGGUUGUAAAUCCAUACUAUUUGCGUGUUCGAAGGAAGAAUCCAGUGACUGGCACUUAUUCCAAAAUGAGUCUACAGUUAUACCAGGUGGACAGUAGAACUUAUCUAUUGGAUUUCCGUAGCAUUGAUGAUGAAAUUAAUGAAGUCAAAUCUGGGACUGCCACUCCCCAGAGGUCAGGCUCUGUGACAAACUACAAAUCUUGUCAGAAAGAUUCGGACACUGAUGCUCAAGGAAGAUCCUCUGAUAUGUCUCUUACCUCCUCUGUGACCUCUUCCCUCGACUCAUCUUCAGCUGAGUUGACCCCAAGAUCAGGGAGCCACACAAUAGAAUUUUUUGAAAUGUGUGCGAAUCUUAUUAAAAUACUUGCGCAAUGAUUUGUAGGGUUGGCUUAUUAUUAUUUUUACAGCAAUAAGCAUGCCUAAAAAAAAGAAAACAGAAAUCAUAGUCCUAUGCUUCCAAUUAUAAUCAAGUUACAGUUAACUUUGGCACUGAGAAGACUAGCCACACUGCAGUUUGCACAGGAAUUGACUAUAAAUUUAAAAACAGUCUAGAUAUCUUCAUGUAACGAAGCAAAUUAUGAUUAGACAGUCCAUUGGUAUGAUUCAUGUGAAAGAAAAGGCAGCCUUGUUGAACAGAGUUUAUUUUUUACUGUGUACACAUUGGGGCUUCAUAGACUCUGUUAACCAUACUCUUUUGUAGUUUGUCUUUAUAUUGCUGACUAUAGAUUCCUGUUACAGUAAAAGUGGUUGUUAGAUCAGGAUAAAUGAAGAUGAUUUUUUGGGUAGCAGGCUUCAGUUGCCCCGUUCUAUCAUUACAACGGUUCCCUUUGACAAACAGCACUUGUCUCAAGGCUGCCAGUUGUAAAAAAAAGCCCCUAUCAUGUUUUUUAAUUACUUGAUGUGUUGACAGAUCUAAAGUCAAACUAUGUGUUUGGAUUUUCCAUAAAAUAAAGGAGUGAAUAUUGUUAAGGCCAGCAGUGUGUGGGUUCACUAUUUAGGAACAGAAGAGAUAAGCCAGCACCAAAAGAGCUUUGGAGCUUGUACAACCCAUGUGAACUACACACUUAGAAAGUUUCAGAAGCAUUGUGUGAUACUGCAAGGGAAGGAGGCUGCUAUUCAAUGGCAGGGAGCAGACAGAAAUCCUAAUAAGCUAGUGCACAAUCCUCCCAUGGCUUUGUGUAGGUAUGGAUCAUAGCUGUGAAUUGUAGCCAGGGGUUAAUUAGAGCAAGGGGCUCUCUGACCACACCACAACUUUGUCUUUAGAAAGAUCCAAAAUGUAUACUUGACAGGUCUGCAGCUGCACAAAUUAAUUUACUUAUGUCAUAUUAGUAGCUUCUUGCAUGUUACUAAACAAUAGGAUCCUGUGCCUAAAUCCCAUGAGAAUGUGGCUGAUAGGACAACCCAAAUGGAUUAGUGCAUGCAGUUCUUGGAAGCUUACCCUGAGAAUUUAGUGGCUUCUGUUUUCAUAUGGCUUUUGUAUCCAGGUUUCUUGGCAGACAAUUCUUCAAGCGAUUGGUGAUUUGGAUUUUGUCUCAGUUGCGUAGUACUUUUUUACACCACUUUUUAUACUGAAGAUUUGUAAAAGUAAUGGAACAUUAAGUAGCUCUGUUUGGUUUUGAAAUGUACAUAAACCCAUUGAUUAGCAAUGGGUGGGCAGGUUUGGCUGCUAGAAACAGCUCAUUUUUGAUGAUUACUAAAGUGCUGACUUGUGCCCAGAAUACAUGUUUAUUUAAUUCAACAAAUUAGGUGAUUUAGAAGAGGGUAUGCACACAAAAUACUACAUUUUCCAGUCUUUCAUGCCCAGCUCAGAUACACCACUUAACCAUAGUUAUCUUUUGCCUUAAUUCUAGCUGGUUUCAAACACACAAGCUGUGUUUGCACAGAAUGAUAAGCAAGAAUUCAAUAGAAUUCUAAUUUACCAUGAGUAAGUUAUAUGAUUGUGCAUGCAGUUCAUUUCUCCCAUUUUGUUUUUCUCCACCACCAUAGCAGCCAAACAAACCAGGAAUAGCAUGUUGUCUUUACUUGGGAUAUUGGCUUGUUGCUUCAAAAAGAUCCAGGAUUUGCAGAUGACGGUUUAUUUUGGAUUUACAAUUCCUAAUUUGUUUUGGAACAACAAGGCAAGAAUCUAGUUCAAACAGAACCAUUUACAAAAACAUUCCAGUUGUGCAUUGGCACAUAUUUUAUUCACAGUAAUGCAGAACCCUGGUUGUUCUUUCUGUUUUACAAGGUGACAGGGAAGUUGUGGGUCUACCUUGCCAAGGCAAGCCCUUCCCCUUGACAGCCUAUAUAGGAAGGAAUCAGAUACCUACUCUUCAGCAUACAAGCAGAGAUGGAAAACUGGUUUGUUUACCAUGAUUUGCUUGGUGCAGGUGUUCUACUUUAACUGUGAAUUUAACACCAGUUUAUUGGAAACCAAAGGUUUCAUACACUAGCUUAUGAUUUAAGGAAACAGUUUAUAGCUUAAGGAAACAAAACCACGGUAAACAUUACAUAUGAAUAGGCUCUAUAGCAAUGAUUCCCAAACUUUGCCCUUCUAGGUGUUUUGGACUUCAACUCCCAGAAGCCCUCAUUAUUAUAGGCCACUGGUUCUCAACCUGUGGGUCCCCAGGGAUUUUGGCCUACAACUCCCAGAAAUCCCAGUCAGUUUACCAGCUGUUGGGAUUUCUGGGAGUUGAAACCCAAAACAUCUGGGGACCCAUAGGUUGAGAACCACUGUUAUAGGCCAAGGCUGGCACGGCUUCUGGGAGUUAAGUCAAAAUAUCUGGAGGACUUAAGUCUGGGAAUCAUUGAUCUAUAAUAUGUGCAGAUUCUAGAAAACACAUAGAUCUCUUACUCGUUCUAUGCAGUGAAAAUUUCUGAUAGGAAGAGUUCUGAGUAGAUUCCGGAAGCAUUGAAUUAGGGGAAGCAAUGAACCUCUUUGGAUAGUAAUGCAAGCUGGAUCUGGUGAGCAAGCAGAUCUGUAUCUAGAAAUGAUUUGAAUCAAACCACACAUGCAUUUCCUUAUGCCUACAGCUUCUGAGUGGAUUCAAGUUAUUCCUAUUUGUUGCUGUGUUACCAUAUAGAAGCUUAAAUCUGGCAUUUUAUGCUGUCCUCAAUUUUCCAUUUACUUCAUAGUAGCUCUUCAGAUCUUUGCCAUCUGCUGAUCUUUCAGAGAUAUAUACACACAUACAGUAGUCUUCUCAUUUUAACAUUUUCACAUCUCUUCAAACAUGAAACUUCAGAAUGCAACAGGGUCUGUAGAGUAAAACUUGACUAAUAGUCUUUAAUGUGUAUGUUUGCAAGGAGGUGAGGUGGGCAGGGUUAAAUGUUACUUUUUUGAUAUGUAGUACAGCUGUGACACCAUACAAAAGAAGGUUCUUUUCAGACCAAGUAGUAGUUCUGCUUUUUUUAAUUCACAAAAAAGUAUUUUCUGUCUAGUUCUGCUGCACCUAUUCAGUAAUUGUGAUUGUUAUUAGUUAUGCUGUAUUACUUUUGAAAUUGUUAAUAUUGCACUUGUCAAAUUGCAUAAACGCACACUUUUUUCUUUGUUUUAUUGCUGGAUAGCCGCAAUGAUGUUUCAGGACAUUAUGUUCUAUGGCUUUGGCAAACAUGAAACAACAGGGGGCCCAAGCCAUAUGUACCACCGCUGUACUUUGUCUGUUUUAGUGGGACACACAGCCCAACUGUAUGCAUGUUUAUACAGGAUUACAUUCCACUGAGUUCAAUGAGGUUUCUUCUUUGGUAUGCCUGCAUUACAAUUGCAGAUUUUGGUGUAACUCCUAUUCAGAUCCCACUGAAAUGGAUUGAAGAUUCUGCCAGCAGCAUCUGCUGAACUAUGUCCAGUGUCUUUGCAUUGGAAAAUGCAAAAAACCUUCCAUUUUAUAUAUUUUGGUUGUUUUUGUUCUCAAACUGUCUACCAGGUUUUAAUUUUAUCUUAGUAUGUGGAAGCUAAGGUAUAUAGCAGAAGGGGACAAUUGCCUAUACUUAAAUGGUCAGUUUUUAAAAAAAUUAAAAUAGAAUUUGUUCAGUGAGUAUUUCAUUUUCUAUACCAUUUUAAUUUUUUUCAUAAUUGGGGCUUUCUGAUGUAUAAUAUUCGAGCAAAAAUAGCUUUUUCAUAAUUUUUUUACAUUUGCAGUAAAAUGUUGAUCUUGAAAUGGUGUUUAUUUAAACUAGGCCUUGUGUGGUCUUGCUGUGGAGGCUGAGAAUUGGUUUUCUUAGUGUUGCAUUUGGACAGAGUGGUAGCUGGUCAUGUAGCAAGAGGAACUGCUUUGCAAAAGAGAUAGCUGUGGAACUGUGAAGAAAAGGGGCUUCCUUAAUAGCUUCGUCAGAAGGAACAAAAGCUCAUAGGGUUCACUGUGUAACGGACCAAGUAUCCUUUCUAAAAAAAAAUGUUUCUCCAAGUUUGAUCUAGUGGGAAAGCCCUUCAACUGUCCAUGUGCAAUGUAAUUUAACACUGGCGAGAGGGUAGAAGUCCAUAUUUGUGGUGCAAUAUUUUCAAAGACCAACUUUCAUCAAUGUUUUGACAUUUUAAGUAUUUCAAUAUAAGUUUUAAAAUAGUUACUUUGUCACCUGAUCGCUCCCCCCUUCAUUAUACAGCUUAAUGAAUGGAUGAUCACCUCUUACAAACAAGAUGUGCCUACUUCUAUUGCAGAUUUUCUCUAUCUCUUUUUGUUGGCAAUACUGAAUGAAAAACUGCUUGUGAUAGCUGUAUAUGACUUGUUACUUUUAACAAACAUUAAAUUGUAUGCAAGUAAAUUUA